AUGAAUGAGAAUGAAGAUAUUACGGAAAAAUUUUUCGAUGCCUGUAAAAACUGUUUAGGACCUGGGGAAAUGGCCCAUGAGUCAUUCUUUAAUUUGCGUUAUGCGAUGUCUGCUAUUGACAUUAUGAACCCCAGCAUGGACUCAGGUAUGACAAAGUCACGAAAAGUGGCAAAUCUUCGUCAAGCCAUUGAAAGCGGUGAUCUUCCGCUGGGGCCCUUUGAAGACCAAGAAGUGCUUUUGGCUGUUAUCGAUGAGCUCAUUGUGCUUUUUGUAAAUUGGCUAACUGGUGACCCUCUAAUACAAACAGUUUAUACUUGCAUGUAUAUGCAUUGUAUUCCAUACAUUGAGGAUGAGAAUCUGGCCAUAUUCUGUGAGGCUCUAAGACGGAAUAUAAUUUUUUUUCGUCGUGUACUACUCACAUUACCAUCCUUUGAAGAUGAAGAUUUCUGCCCAGCUCAGAAUAAAAUCCCCUUAACUGUUAAUACGAAGGGUAUGUAUCCAAAGAAGAAAAUUUCGAAUUCUUAUUUUGAUUUCUCCAAUGAUGAACUGAUUGCUUUACUGGAAUCCCAGCAGCAAAAACUAUUGCAAUCUGGCACAUCUGAAACCAUUUUAAGUGCUCGUUUGAAGCUAGUUACACUUUUAUUGAAAUUCGAAUUAGACUUUUCCGAAUUUCUGAUCGUUUUGGCGGACGAAGAUGUGGAAGAAGCCUAUGAAAAUCCAGAGUUAAAGGAAUUCGGUGAAGUAGCCUACUCAUAUCAAAACAAACCAAUCAAAGUUGUUGAGUUGACUCCUGAUAUCUUCACAUUUCAUUGUAAUAAAGUUCUUUCAAUUUCAUCAGAGAUCUCUGAGGUCGCUAAAACCCUUCUCCAGACGGCUGAUCAUGGUAAAGAUGCAGGUCCUGGGAAAAUAAAUCCUAAAUCUGAAUUCUACUCAAUUCCUGGUUUCGAACCCUAUCUUACACUUUCUGAUUUAGCUGCUACUGUGCAGCGGUUUCCCCGCAUUCUCAACAGAAAGUCAGUUUUCUCUUUUCUUGCUUGCGCUUUCUCUCGUGUGAUUAAAGUGAUUGAUGAAAUGAAGAGAAUAAUCAAUUCAAAUUCCCUCAACGUUGUCUUUCUCCAUGAAUUAUGUUCAGUUUCACAUAGACUUGGACAUAACGUUUGCCACUGUCUAUUUCGGAAAGAUGAAUUAUCAAACCCCCUGGAGAUUAAGGAUGCAAGUUUGAAGUCGUGUGCUCUCUCAAGAGGAGUCAUGAGUGUAAUGAUGGGAGUUUUAUUCAAAUGUCCAGUGAAAGUUGAUCCCCGCAUUUCGGAGGUGCUGUCACCUUCCAGUUCUGUUAUGCACCUUCUCGCUUCCUGGUUGGCUGUAGAACCAAAGUGGAUUCGUGAUCGCAUUAUUGAUAAUGCUCAAGUUAUCGGGAACUAUGAAUAUUUAUUUGAAAACAUUUUUGUUUAUCUUUACAAGAUAUGUCGAUGCUACACCUUCAAUCGCUCUCGUCAGCGAACUCAUAUUUCACGUCUCUUUGAAGAUCUUAACAACCUCAUUGAGGAAAGCAUCAGCAUCGAGGCGACUUUUUCCCAGCAUUUCUUAGAAGACGCACAAACUCCGAAUUCAAAUAGCACCCAAAUUCCUCUUCACAUCACUUCCUACAUUUGCUUUUUUUACUAUCACCUCGUGUGGGAUUAUCUGAUCACUGGUUUCCAGUUGGACCUCUACGCCCCACGUGAAUGGGUUUAUGUCUACGCACUCAUCAUCACCCUCCAGCGAAAUCUUAGCGCCUUCGUCACCCACAUGGCAAAAGGCAUCAACUCUCUUCCUCCUGAUGGAAAAGUGGGGCAAGCAAAUAAUUCUUUUGGAUCAGCAGUGAAUAAUUCAAAAAAACGACGUCGAAAAAGGGAUCUAAACGGUUCCACGGUUUCUAACAAGUCUAGACAAACACCUCUCUCACAGCUCUUCAACUUAUCUCCAGUUAGUUGUGAGUACUGGGGGUUUCAAAUAGCUCAAGCAAAUCUGCAUCGCUUUUUGAGUCUUGGAACUCUCUAUAUUCUAAGGGCACUUCAAAGGGACAUAGGAAUUGACAUAAAGACUAUGAAACCCCUUGAUCAAUCAACAACGAAAGUGUAUUCAUCCCUGAAAACUCAAUUCCUCCGCAGAAUGGGUCCCGCUAUUGAUUCCAAAUUCUCCCCUCUUCUUGGAAAUGAGACAGCUGACAGCUUCUUUGAUUCGACUCAUGAAUAUGUGACCAGCGAGAUAUUCUCUGAAGCCGAUUCAAAGGAACUCCUUGAAAUGGCUGGAAAGGUCUUUGGCAUCGCCAGACAAUGGAUUCAUGCAGCAAAUAUUCCCACCUUGACGUCGAGUUUUAUGGGUCCAGUGGAUGAUCUGGCACAAUUGGACCACCUGGCAAAGAAUAAUGAGAUUGUCUGUCGACUGCUGGUUGCUAGACCCGAAAAGCGUCCAUCACGAAGCAGAAAUAAUGAUGAGGAUCCAACAAUAAGGCAAACGCAUCCAUUUCAUCCUGUGCAUUUCGAGUUUCAGCAUUUGCUCAGCAAGGCUUAUCCCCUCCUGAGACUUGCUUAG